AUGAUUGAGGCAAUUUUACAAAGGAGUCAAAGGCUUUAUAGAAGUGCUUUUUCAUUACAUUCCAAAGGUUCCCUAACAAUCUGUAAAAAUCCUAACAAUAUGAAUGCGAAUCACAAAUUAAUACUACCAGCAAAAACAACAUAUACCUAUCCAAACGAUGUAAAUCCUCACAACGUUCUAAGUACUACCUGCCGAGUCACACGUACACCGCACCCAGUGAUCUUAAUUGCCACCGGCCUUGAGUCCACAAGCCCUCCAAUAGACCUAAUAAAAAUAGCUCUUCAAGAUGCCUGUUGCUUCGUUAUGCCGCACCCUCUCUUUUUCUCCUAUCACAGUAUUAUAUAUUUGGCUGCCCACGUUGCUUUGCCUCUUUCCUUUUAUAUGGCAGUGACCCCGGAAUUUGGUCCUUACAUUUACUUUCAACAAAAUAGACUUGAGGGGGCCAUACCCUUGAAUCUUGGCAACUGUCAAAAUUUGUUGCUGCUGACACUAUCUAAUAAUAACCUUAAUGCUAGCAUACCAGGAAAACUUUUCACAGUCUCCUUGUCAAUUAGAUUGGAUCUUGCUCACAACCGUUUGUCUGGAUCCUUGCCACUUGAGGUUGGAAACCUCCAACAUUUAGUAGAAAUUGAUAUCUCCGAGACUGAUUUGUCUGGUGAAAUUCUUGGGACUCUUGGAAGUUGUAGUAGCCUUGAAAACUUGUAUUUGCAGCAGAAUUCCUUUCAAGGAUCUAUUCCUUCAACAAUGGAAUCAUUGCGAGGUAUUCAAAAUUUGGACCUUUCUCACAACAACCUAUCCAGUCAAAUUCUGAGAUUCUUAGCGACUUUUUCCUUGAAGAAUCUCAAUUUGUCCUUCUACAAUUUUGAAGGAGAGUUACCAAUGAGAGGUGUCUUCACAAAUGCAAGUGCAAUAUCUGUUACUGGAAAUUAUAGGCUUUGUGGUGGCAUUCCUGAACUACGACUAGCUCGAUGCAGCAUGAAAAAAUCAAAAAACAAGAUGUCACUUUUGCAGACCUUGGCAAUCACGAUAGCUUCGGUAUUCAUUGGAGUAACCGCAGUAUCAUAUUUCAUCAUAUGUUUGUUCAAGAAGAAAAGAAAGACCGAACCUAAAGUUUCGUUGUUGGAAGAUUCAUUCUUGAAAGUCACUUAUGGAGAACUUGUCAAAGCAACUGAAGGUUUCUCUUCAACAAACCUUCUUGGUUUUGGUAGUUUUGGUCGUGUGUAUAAAGGUAUUAUUGACAAAAAUGGGGAGUUAGUUGUUGCGGUCAAAGUACUUGACCUUCAAACUCGUGGCGCUAUCAAGAGUUUCAUGGCAGAGUGCGAAGCUUUAAGAAAUAUUCGACACAGAAACUUGGUCUCGAUCAUAACUUGUUGUUCUAGUGUGGAUUUUCAAGGGAAUGAGUUUAAAGCUCUAGUUUACGAGUUCAUGCCAAAUGGAAGUCUAGAUGAUUGGUUGCAUCCAAUUCCAAAGGCAAGUAAUGGGCAGCGUGAGUUCAUGGGACUCGAUCAUGUGCAAAGAAUAGACAUUGCCAUUGAUGUGGCUUACGCACUCGAUUAUCUUCACCACCAAUGCGGAAGGCCGAUUAUUCAUUGCGAUUUAAAGCCAAGUAACAUCCUUCUUGACAGUGACAUGGUUGCCCAUGUUGGAGAUUUCGGUCUAGCUAGAUUCCAUGCGGAACUCACAACUCCUAGUGCAAGUAGUUCAACUGCAAUGUGGGGAACCAUUGGAUAUGCUGCUCCAGAGUAUGGUCUUGGAAGUGAGAUGUCAACUAGUGGAGAUAUUUAUAGUUAUGGGAUCUUAUUGUUGGAGAUGGUAACAAGGAGGAGACCUACGGACUGGCGUGACACGGACAAAAUAUUCGGGGCAGACUUUAAUCUUCAUAACUCUGCAAAGAUUGUCUUUCCCCAACGUGUUAUGGAGAUUGUAGACCCCAUGCUUUUAACCGAGGAGAAACAUGGCAAACAUAUAAUGGAAUAUCUGAUCCCCAUCGUAAAGACAGGAGUAGCAUGCUCUGCAGAGUCCCCUAAAGACCGAAUGAGUAUAAAUAUUGCACUCCAGGAGCUUCAUCUGGUCAAGAACAAUAUUUUGAAGGGAAAUAUAUUUUUGUAUUAUGAAUACGUGUUCUUGAGACUAGUUUUCUUGGUUAAUUGA